AUGGAUGACAUUUAUUACGAUAAAUUCAUGAAUCUUAAUGGCAACGAUGUUCGCGCCUCAAUGUUUACUGUAAACCCCAGCGCGAUAGAAGACAAUACCACCGUUUCUAAAUUUCGUGGCUCUGACGCCCAGAUGACAGAAACGUUGGCCAAAUAUAUGAAUGCAACUCUUGUUAUGUUGCCAAAUGACGGGUCAGGCUUUGGGAAAUGGAACGGUACUGUUAACACCGGAACGGAUGGCGACGUCAUGUUUGAAAGAGCAGACAUCGCACCAAAUACUCGGUACAUAAUUGUCGAAAGACUGAAAGUUCAUGGCUACACUUACCCUCAUGACAAAGAAGACCUUUGCAUCCUUGUGAAUAAGUCAUCUCGUAUUCCUCAGUACCUCAACAUUAUUCUGCCGUUUGCCAUAAUAGCCUGGAUGACAAUUCUUUUAAGUAUGCCAUUUACAGCUUUUUUCUGGAGUUUAAUUCGUCGCUUUGGCAAUGGCUCAUCAAGGGCGGAAAAUUUUGCGUGCGUGUACAUUAACAGCUUUCUUAAAAUAUUUUCUGUGUUUCUAUCAAUAGCUGUGCCAUCGCUUCCAUCCGUUGGCCGCGAGCGCAUACUGUUCGUCAUGUGGACGUUCUUCAGUCUUAUAAUCACUAACACGUUUCAGGGAUCGCUGACGAGCUACCUCACAAUUCCAAAGUACAUGCCAGACAUCGACACGAUGGAACAGUUGUCCAGAUCGGGCUUAAAGAUCCUCAUACACCCGGAGCUGCUGCCCGUUUUCAAACUAGACACGGGGAACCCCGUGAUAGAUGCCCUCAACAGGAAUCUCAUACCAGACAUUGACAUGGAAGGAUACCCAGAGAAAAUCCAGAGUGACGGCGGCACGUGUGCUUUGGUAAACGCAUACGUCGGCCAAUUUUUGAUACGAAGUAGACAUUACGUGAGAAACGGUUUCCCGUUACUGCAUUUGACGAAGGAGUGUCCUCUGCCCGCAGUUGUCGCUUUUGCUACUCAGAAGUAUUCCCCGCUACAGCCUAGAUUCGACUCGCUAAUAAGGCGCAUCGUAGAAGCCGGGCUUUACAAAAAGUGGCAGAAAAAUACGCUGGACGAAUCUAUAGCAGCAGGAGACCUCCUCCUCAUUAGUAACCGUGAAGGAAAAGCUGAUACGGAACGCAUUACUAUGUCCCAUCUUCAGAUGCCAUUUUACUUACUGUUCCUUGGUUACUUCCUAAGUUCUGUGCUCUUCUUCACCGAGUACGUAAGAAUGAAAGUGAACAUUAAUACCAUAAAAAAUGAAGGAAACAGAAAACUUGGAAGACGUCAGAAUAAUCAGACUUCGGAGCACGGCAGUGGCAGUUCUUUUCAAGGUCCGUAG